AGAGGCUCUCAAGGACUUCCAUGCAAGGACUUGACGAAUUCAAGAAUGAAGUUAUCUAUAUUGCCAAGCUUCAGCAUCGGAAUCUUGUGAGACUCCUGGGUUGUUGCAUACAAGGGGAAGAAAAGAUGUUAAUCUAUGAAUACAUGCCUAACAAAAGCCUGGAUACAUACAUAUUUGGUUUGAUUUCUAGCCUAUUACACAAGCUAAAAUUAGUAAUAAUGCUUUGUCGUAUUAGUCAUAACAUGUACAUUUAUGACCAAGGCAAAAGCAUGUUAACAGAAAUAGCUAAUCAUAAAGCUUAUUUUGUAGAUCAAACAAAGAGAAAAUUACUUGACUGGCCAAAGCGUUUCGACAUCAUAAAUGGAAUUGCUCGUGGCUUAUUGUAUCUCCAUCAAGAUUCUCGACUACGAAUUAUCCAUAGAGACCUUAAAGCAAGCAAUGUUUUGCUAGAUAUGGAAAUGAAUCCAAAGAUAUCAGACUUUGGCUUGGCUAGAAGUGUUGCAGGGAAUGAGAUGGGAGCAAACACAAGCCAUGUGGUUGGGACACAUGGCUACAUGUCCCCUGAAUAUGCAGUAGAUGGGAUCUUCUCGGUAAAAUCUGAUGUGUUUAGCUUUGGCGUCUUGGUGUUAGAAAUUGUGAGUUGCAAGAAAAAUAGAGGAUUUGUCCAUCAAGAUCACAACCUUAACCUUCUCGGUCAUGCAUGGAAGCUUUACAAAGAAGAUAGGUCCUUGGAACUAAUUGAUGAGGAGCUAGCUGAUUCUUGCCAUAUAUCUCAAGUUUUAAGGUCAAUCCAAGUGGGUCUUUUAUGUGUGCAACAACGUCCAGAAGAUAGGCCAAACAUGUCUUCUGUGGUUCUGAUGUUGGGUAAUGAGAGUCCUCUGCCAGAAGCUAAAGAACCAGGGUAUUUCACAGAAAGAAACAUAUUUGAUGAAGCAAAAUCAGGAUCGCAGACAGCCAGUUCAAAAAAUGAAGUCACAAUCACAUUGUUAUAUCCUCGAUAGAGUGCGAAUGAGUUAACUAUUCUGACUUGUGUGCACAUGAAUAAUAUUUUUGGAAAAAACUUGAAACUUUGGUUCUUGAAAUAUACAGCAAUAUCUACUAGCCAUAACAAAUUAUAUCGUGUAAUUAGAAAUAACCAAUCUAUAUUAUUAUUUGAAAUUUCGCACUUUCUUAUAACUCCAUUUCUUAGUUUAAAUAUACUUUGAAAAUGGUACAAAGUUGUUACCGGAUUGUAAGUACCCCUUUGCCUUGAUUGGUUUUUGCAUUUUUGAGUCAUACAACUGAAUUUUAAUUUUUACUUGAACGGGAGCCUUAGAGCAACGGUAAAGUUGUUUCCGUUUGACCUAUAGGUCACGAGUUCGAGCCGUGGAAUUAGCCGAUGAUGUUUGCAUUAGGGUAGGCUGCCUACAUUAUACCCCUUGGGGUGCGACCCUCGCCCGGACCAAACGCGGGAUGCUUCAUGCACCGGACUGCCCUUUUUUUUAAAAGAAAUGUAAAUCUUAAUAAGGGAAAAGUCCAAAUCUGUCCCUGAACUAUGUGAAAUUGUUUAACUAUUAGAAGUUCCCAACAUAAAAGCCCUUAUCAUACAUAAAUCUCCAACUCAACCUCAGCCAUGAUAAUACUCAUAUUCAAGCAUAGAAAUUGUGGAAUAUUAAUAAGUAAACAGAAAACAG